AUGAGCCACUUUACCGACUUGCCUGUUGAGCUCAUCACCAUCAUCGCUCGUGAGCUCCCACAGCCCUCAGAACUGAAUGCCCUGGCGCGAGUCAACCGAACAUGCUAUGGAGUGGUGAACCCGAUUCUGUACACAGCGCCCAAGAACAGCCGCGGUGGGUGGCCUCUCAAGUGGGCAGCCUAUAAAGGCUAUGUUGGCACUCUGCGCAAUGCGCUGGCUGGUGGAUACGAUCCAGAGAUGGCAUUGAAUAAUUUGUUUAUGCGACCAGCUAUGGAUAUCAUCAUGAGCCGUCCUGUCGGCCCAAAGCAACCAAGCCAGGACCCUGAACAAGAGUGGGAGCCCAAAGCAGGCGAUGGAGAUGACACAACAUCUCACGUCAUUCGUCCAUCGCAUCUACGAACAAUUCCCAGUAGAUGGGACUCUCCCGAUACCUUUGAUAGCUUCGGAUCCCCUGAUGAUGACGACUCCGAUAUCUCCUUGGCCGACUGGGAUGUAUAUGGGGACGCCUAUGAAAUUGGCGAUCCAUUCGAGGAGUACUACGACGACGAUGAUGACGAGUACAGUGGCUUCUAUGGCUUCGAUCCUUCCCAAGAGUGGCACGAACGUGAUAGCUACAAAGUCAUUUCCAUCGCUGCAAUGAUGACUUACCUUACGAUCGACCCGGCUGGACGCCUCUUCAUCUUGCUAUCGCUCACCAUGUAUGAUGCAGUGUAA